GAGUACAUCCACACUGAAUGCUGAAAGAAAACUGUGAACCUACUGUACAGCUCAUGUUAUGUAAGUUAUCCAGGAGACACAAGAAAUGGAUACCAAGAAGACUGGCACCCAUGCACUGCUGAACCCUGGGGAAGAGAAUGAAAUGGAGCUGUUUGGAUACAGGACCCAGGGGUGGAAACAAGUACUGUGCAUUGUUGGAUAUAUCUUUUCUUUAGGGAUUCUCCUUCUCCUAUUCUAUUGGAAACCAGAAUGGGAUGUGUGGUGUCAAUGCGCUCCAUGUACACUUGAGAAAGCUAAUAUUAUAUUACUGAGAACCACGGAUGAUUUUAAAAAAUACACCAAGAAGAAAAUAUUUUGGGUUGAGCCUUUCAAAGCCACAGAUAAAAGAUUACAUGAUAUAACCUUUGAUGAUAAAUCUCUAAUCAGCAGAGCUUUCAUCAUGCCGGAUUACAAGGUGCGAUGUCUAAGAGUACAGAAUAUUAGAUAUAUUUGGAACACAUUGGAAGGAAAUUUUCAAAAAAUUGGGGCUCUAGAAGAUGAGUACUCGUGUUCAGACAUACACACAAAGUUUGGUUCUGGUUUCAGUCAAGGAGAGCAAGAAAUUCGAAAACAAGUAUGUGGACUGAACACAAUGGAUGUAGAAAUUACUCCUAUCUGGAAGCUGCUUUUCAAAGAGGUUUUGAAUCCAUUUUACAUUUUUCAAGCCUUUUCUUUGAGUCUUUGGUUUGCUACUGGCUACACUGAGUAUGCUGCAGUUCUUGUUGCCAUAACCUUGUUUUCCAUUGCUGCCACAAUAUAUAAUAUGAGGAUGCAAUCUGUUAAAUUGCACAAGAUGGUUGCAUCUAAUAACAGCAUGAAGGUCACUAUCCUUACCAAAAAUGGAGAUAUACAAGAAUUAGAAUCUCAAUAUUUGGUUCCUGGAGAUGUCAUGGUUUUAUCAAGGAACAGAUUCCAUUUACCUUGUGAUUCCAUAUUACUUACAGGAGGCUGCGUUGUUAAUGAAGGAAUGUUAACAGGGGAAAGUGUUCCAGUGACAAAGACAGCUUUGCCAAAUACUGACAAUUCCAUUCCUUGGAAGAUGCACAGUGGUGAGGAUUACAAGAGACAUGUGCUGUUCUGCGGCACAGAGGUCAUCCAGACUCAAUCUUUUAAUAAAGGUUUGGUGAAAGUGGUUGUAUUAAGAACAGGAUUCAAUACAGCAAAAGGUGACCUUGUGAGGUCUAUCCUCUACCCUAAACCAGUUAACUUUAAACUGCACAGAGAUGCAAUCAGAUUUCUAAUGGGGCUUGUGGUUGUUACAGUGAUCGGAGUUAUUUACACGCCUAUUGUCUAUACAAGAAAUGAGGCUCCCAUAAAAGACACUGUCCUUUGGACAUUGCUUUUCAUCACCGUCAGCAUUCCAGCUGCACUACCAGCGGGAAUCACUCUCUGUAUAUUAUAUGCCCAAACAAGGCUUCAGAGGAACGGCAUAUUCUGUCUGAGUGCACAGCGGAUUAAUAUGUGUGGACAACUCAAUAUUAUCUGUUUUGAUAAGACAGGUACCUUAACUGAAGAUGGAAUGGAAUUAUGGGGUAUUGUUCCUUCAGUUGAGAGGAGUUUCCAAGAAGGAUAUUACUUUUCUCCUGGAAGUAGCCUGCCUUGGAGUCCGCUGCUAGGAGGAAUGGUCAGUUGUCAUUCACUGAUUGUCCUGGAUGGCAAAAUACAGGGAGACCCACUGGACCUGAAAAUGUUCCAGGGUACAGGAUGGGUUCUACAAGAUACUGAUGUCAACAAUGAAGAUGAGGAAUCACAGUCAUAUACAACUGUUAAACCAGGACCAGAUUCUGAAGAGAUUCCAGUGGAAGGUGUAGCGAUCCUGCAUCAGUUUCCUUUCUCAUCCAGUCUACAGCGUAUGUCAGUCAUUGUUGAGGUCAUUGGAGGCAAUGAAUUUCUCGUUUUUAUGAAAGGAGCUCCAGAAAUGGUAGAACAAUUUUGUGCACCAGAAACAGUGCCAUUAAAUUUCUCCAAAGAACUCGAGCAUUAUACUCUACAAGGUUUCCGAAUGAUUGCUCUAGCAUAUAAGAAAUUAGCUACAAAUAAUGUACAGAUUAUAGAAAGCUUGGAGAGGGAACAUGUAGAAUCAGAUUUAAUAUUUCUUGGAUUUCUCAUAAUGGAAAAUAAACUUAAACCUGAGACAAAACCUGUGCUGGAGGAACUUAUAGAAGCAAAGAUAAGAACCGUCAUGAUAACUGGUGACAAUCUUUUGACUGCUUGCACUGUUGGGAAAGCUUCUGGGAUGAUUCCUCUAGGCAGCAACUUGAUUGUCAUAGAAGCCAAUGCUCCAGAUGAAAGUUCUCCUGCGUCAAUUACUUGGGGAAGUAGUAAAGAAAUUCAAGAAAAUGGCCACCUAUCAAAAGACUUGAGCAUCAACAUCUGUGACCCAGAUAACAAAGCAAAAAAAAAAUAUUUUGCUAUGACUGGAAAAUCAUAUCAAGUUAUUGUAAAUCAUUUCUAUGAGUUACUUCCCAAAAUCCUUCUCAAUGGAACCAUUUUUGCUAGAAUGAGUCCAGGACAAAAAUCCAGUCUUAUUGAGGAAUUUCAGAAAAUAGAUUAUUAUGCUGGAAUGUGUGGGGACGGAGCAAAUGACUGUGGGGCCUUAAAAGUAGCUCAUGCUGGAAUUUCUUUGUCGGAACUGGAGGCCUCUGUAGCCUCACCGUUUACAUCGAAAACCCCCAAUAUUCAAUGUGUGCCAAAACUUAUCAAAGAAGGAAGAAACUGUCUUGUCACUUCAUUCUUCAUGUUCAAGUAUAUAGCUAUGUAUGCUAUUAUUGAACUGAUAUGUGUGAUGCUUCUGAUGUGGAAAAAUAAGCUCCUUGGAACUCGGCAUUAUCUGAUGCAGGAUGUGGCUAUAACUAUCGCUGUCAUAUUAACGAUCAGUUUGACCGGCCCAGCCCUGAAACUGGCUCCCUAUCGGCCUCCCGGACAGCUCAUUUCUCCCCCUCUGUUAUUGUCAAUGGUUUUGCACACCAUCUUUACUUUGAUUGUACAAACAAUUGCAUUCGUGGUGGUCCAGAAGCAGCCAUGGUUCCAUGACUUUGAUGUCUUUAGUGGAUGCCUUCCAUUGAAUCACAGUGCACAGAACAUUACAAUAGAUGAGAAUCUAUUGAUUAGUCGAAAUUUUCUAACAACGACCAUGUGGUUCGUAAGUGGGAUGAAUCUCAUUAUUGUAGAAUUUGUCUUUUGUAAGGGAAGACCUUUCAGGAAGCCGAUCUACACUAACUAUGUGUUUACCUUUAUACUGAUUGCACAACUGGCUGCCUAUUUAUUUGUCUAUUUUGCGAAUAUUGAAUCAGUGUAUCGUAUAAUGGAGCUUGUCUGCACACCAUACUACUGGAGGUGGAAUACCAUAAUCAUGGUGGCUGUUCUCUUUGUUGUUUCAUAUCUAGUUGAGGAUGGAUUUAUUGAAAACCGAAGAAUGUGGAUAAUCAUCAAAUCCUGUUUUAAGUACAAGUCAAGCAGUCAGUAUAGAGUAUUAGAAAGAGAGCUGUGUAAUGACCCAACAUGGCCUCCUCAGAACCAAAUAAUCUACUCUAAUCAAGCAGAACUUGACAAUCAUGUACAGGAUUAUAUUUAUGAUAACCCAACCUUUAAUGCUGAAGCAGAAAAAACUGUUCACAGUGGAAAUGAGACCCAAACAUAGUUAAUGCCUAUAGUACUUACACAGGAAAAAGGCAAUGCCAAAAUUUCAUUUGCGUUUGGAGCUUUUUACUUAUACGAAAUCUUGGCUUAAAGCAACUAAGUUUGCAAAUUGUAUUUAUAAUAAAGGCACUUUCUAAAGUUCUAUAACAGUAGAAAAUUAGGUAGCAAAG